AUGUCAACUCCCGAGUCUAAUCGGCAGACCGUUGGGUCAGACAAUCCGUCGCAAGAGCACCCCCGGACUUUAUUCCCGACGACGGCGUCAACAACGCCCACGCAGCCGCCAACAACCUCGGAGCCCGUUUGCAGUGCUUCUCACCUACAUACAAUAACACCUCUAUGGCCUGCUCACAAUGUAGCGCAUUAUACUCCCAGAAGCAAUCCGUUUCCAUCGCUACACAUACAUACCGACCUCCCCUCUCUCGACCGCCGACCGGUGACGCCGUUGAACGACAAUGACACCUAUCUACGCCAGAGCCUUUCUUCUACCAGCCUGUCUCGGCGAACUCCUAGCUACUCUUUGAGGAUGAAUACGAUGUCGAGUACUGACUCGCUUUCUCCCUCGUCAAUGCGGUCGUCGAACUUGUCCUCGCCUGCGCUAGCUGCCAUGGCUGAUAUCACGCCCUUGCCGUCACCGAUCGGAUAUCUUAGCCCAGCCUCAUGGCGUUCUGGGGGACGCACAAUAUCGUCGCAUUCGCUUUCACGAACAUCGUCGACGCUUUCGCGUAGUGGUUCGGUCUUGAAUUUGCGACUGAGUGAUUCCACUCAAUUGCUCCGAACCGCGUCGUCCAGGUCGCGCUCAAGGAGAUAUAGCAGUACGAGAUUUGCCGGGAGUGAGGCGCGGGAGAGCGGGUUGGAUGGGCACGAAGAGGUUCGCGGGCAUUCACGGAAUCGCAGUCUGAGCGAACAUAUACCAAAGAGGGGACCUGCAUCACUUCAAAGACCUGACGCCCUACCACGUGCCGGCCACCCGUCCGGUCUCUCAUCGUCAUCAUCUGUGGAUUCAACGGUCGAUUUGAGUCGCUUACAUCGCGAGCAGUAUCUUGGAGUCCAGCGGGGGUUGGCGCUCCCAACGGCCAGGCCGCCCACGCCACCCCGGUCAACUCGCAAUGGGGAUGAAGAUACAGACUCGAAGCCCAUCAUCCAGAGCGACACACCCGAUGGUUCUCAGACCGAGACCUAUUGUGUGCGAUCAAUCCGUACCAAGCAGCCGAGGAAAUACAGGAAGCUCCGACAGUUGGGCCAGGGAACAUUUAGCCAAGUUAGCCUUGCAGUGAGGAUACCGGACGAUGCGCCCGUGAAGGAUGGGCACGUUCGGAUGCCGAGUCUGAUGUCUCAAAAGCUGGUCGCUGUCAAGAUCAUCGAGUACGGACCCGCUGGGGGAGCGGACGAGGAGCGCGUCGAAGUAUCUCUGAAGCGCGAGGUUGAAAUCUUAAAGUCGGUGAACCAUCCGUCCUUGGUCCAAUUGAAAGCAUUUGGCAGCGACGAUAAGCGCGCAUUGCUAGUUUUGGAUUAUUGUCCUGGAGGGGAUCUGUUCGAUUUUGCAACGUCCGAUAUGAAGUCACUGAUGACUCCGCCGCUGAUCAGAAGAAUGUUUGCCGAAAUGGUCAGGGCAGUGCGUUAUCUGCAUGCCAACUAUAUUGUCCAUCGUGACAUUAAGCUCGAGAACGUUCUGGUCAACUUGCCACCUUCAGCUAUGGGACAAGUGUCCGAUUGGCGUACAUAUGAUCGCGCUGUGAUUACCAUAAGUGAUUUGGGCUUGUCACGCAGAAUCCCAGAACCUCCAGAGAGCCCUCUUCUCCACACUCGUUGUGGUAGUGAAGAUUAUGCGGCACCAGAGAUUCUGAUGGGCCAGCCGUACGACGGACGUUCAACCGACGCAUGGGCAUUAGGUGUAGUGCUGUAUGCUAUGAUGGAGAACCGGCUGCCGUUUGACGCUCUACCAGGGACCCGGGGUGACCCUGCGAAACUCCGGGCCCGAACCCCUCAUCGGAUCGCACGGUGUGAGUGGUCAUGGUAUCGAUACGCCAAUGAGGAUGAGGAAUGGGAUCCUGUCAAGGGACAGGGACUCGAGGGCGCGCGUGAUUGUGUGGAAGGAUUGCUAAAACGACACUCACGACGGAAAAGCUUGGGUGAGAUUGCGAAGCACCCUUAUGUCAGUGAAGCUCUUGAUUUGGAUGGCGAACUGAAGAGAGGGGAUAAGGAAGUGCCGUGAAUAGUUGGAAAACACCUAUAUUAUACCAUAUGUUUUGUACUAUAUUCUACGUGUUUAUGAUUAGCUAUGCAUCAUGCCUUUAUGACCAUGACAAUAUAUUCUUGCCUGUUUUUGCC